AUGCCUGGGGCAGACAAGGAAACAGAUCUUACGGAGCGAAUUGAGGCUUUUCUGGCCGAUUUGAAGCGGGGAGGCAGUGGGACAGGACCCCUCCGAGGGUCGGGGGAAAUGGCCAGAGAAACCACAUAUUUGCUUCGGAGAAUAACAGCCCAAACAAGAUGGAGCAGCGCAGGUAUACGUUAUAACAGCAGAACUCUAGCUAGUUUUGUUCGAUGGCUAGAUUAAUGGUUUUAUAGUUUUCAAGCUAGAUGUAAGUGUUUUUUGUAAAUUAAAUUUGACAUUUGUGACCAACUUUUUAUCCACUAUCCGACGCAUUGUGAUAGUAACGUUAGCAAGCUGUCAAAAUCUGAACUGCCACGAGAAGUUGAUGUCAUUUCAUUUGUAAUUUGUCUGAACACAAUAACACAGAUAGAACAAUUAGCCAGAUAUUUCACCGGAUUUAUAAAUGUGAAGCAUCCGGUUGGCUUGUCCACUCACUACCAAAUAUGGUGAUGGGGGAAGAUGGAGCGAAAUGGAUCUUGGCCGACAUUCUGCUAAUUUUCUCACCAAGCUAAACAUUUGAACUCCAUUCAGUUUUCUGUUUCCAAAACUAGAAUCUGUAACAAACAGAGUGGACUGCGUUUUGUAGACUUUAACCUUUGCCAAAGUUUCAAAAAAAAUUGCGUUGUUUAGGAGUGCAAGGGCGAAUUGGAGUUAUUGCACACUUCACAUAGUAGGCGUUACCUAACGGAAAUAUGCAAAUAAAUGCUAGAACGCGCCAAUAGGAGCUCACUAGCUCCUGCUUGGCUCUGCGCACCUCCUUGCUGGUUCUGACCACUAUGAUUAAUUUGUUCCCAUUGGAAAUGACAGGCUGUGGUCUAUCUUGGGAUAUUUCUAAAAGUCUUUGAUAAUAGAGCUCGCCAGCGUGUAGUCCUAAAACCCGGAAAUAAGGUACCUCUGGCUCGUUAAGUCAUCCCAAUAACCCGGAAAUAAGUUACCUCUGGCUGUUCAGUCAUCCCAAUGGGAAAAAUGAAUGGGAAAUGAAGGGAUUUGUAAUAAACGCCGAAAAUAAGGUCUGAGGUUAACACAGGCUUAGGAGAUCUUAUACAUUUUGUUCUAUGCGAUAAUACCAGUCAGUUAACAUUACCUUUAUGAAUUAUGAAGCCUUUAUGUGCUUUAGGUGUGUUUUAUCAUUACAUAAAUUCUUCAAAAUUCACAAAAAGUGACGUUAGCUGAUGAAGAUUGUCAUAUAACAAAACAUAUAAGAUCUCCUAAGCCUGUGUUUACCACAGGCCUUGUUUUUAGCGUUUAUCCAAACCCCCUAAAAAAACGCUAUUCAUUUACCCCAUAGGCAUUGUCCAACAAACCAUGACGGAGUUGGUUCCUACAAAAAGACGCCAUUACUAUUUCUCUAUUCACUACUAGGAAUGAUGCACGACUCCAACACCAUCAUUAAGUUUGCCGACGACACAACAGUGGUAGGCCUGAUCACCGACAACGAUGAGACAGCCUAUAGGGAGGAGGUCAGAGACCUGGCAGUGUGGUGCCAGGACAACAACCUCUCCCUCAACGUGACCAAGACAAAGGAGAUGAUUGUGGACUACAGGAAAAAAAAGAGGACUGAGCACGCCCCCAUUCUCAUCGACGGGGCUGUAGUGGAACAGGUUGAGAGCUUCAAGUUCCUUGGUGUCCACAUCACCAACGAACUAUCAUGGUCCAAACACACCAAGACAGUCGUGAAGAGGGCACGACAAAGCCUAUUCCCCCUCAGGAGACUGAUAAGAUUUGGCAUGGGUCCUCAGAUCCUCAAAAAAUUCUACAGCUGCACCAUCGAGAGCAUCCUGACUGGUUGCAUCACCGCCUGGUAUGGCAACUGCUUGGCCUCCGACCGCAAGGCACUACAGAGAGUAGUGCGUACGGCCCAGUACAUCACUGGGGCCAAGCUUCCUGCCAUCCAGGACCUCUAUACCAGGCGGUGUCAGAGGAAGGCCCUCAAAAUUGUCAAAGACUCCAGCCACCCUAGUCAUAGACUGUUCUCUCUGCUACCGCACGGCAAGCGGUACCGGAGCGGCAAGUCUAGGUCCAAAAGACUUCUCAACAGCUUCUACCCCCAAGCCAUAAGACUCCUGAACAGCUAAUCAUGGCUACCCGGACUAUUUGCACUGCCCCCCCACCCCAUCCUUUUUACGCUGCUGCUACUCUGUUAAUUAUUUAUGCAUAGUCACUUUAACUCUACCCACAUGUACAUAUUACUUCAACUACCUCAACUAGCCGGUGCCCCCGCACAUUGACUCUGCACCGGUACCCCCCUGUAUAUAUAGCCUCCCUACUGUUAUUUUAUUUUACUUCUGCUCUUUUUUUUUUCUCAACACUUUUUUUGUUGUCUUAUUUUUACUUUUUUUUUGUUAAAAAUAAAUGCACUGUUGGUUAAGGGCUGUAAGUAAGCAUUUCACUGUAAUGUCUGCACCUGUUGUAUUCGGCGCAUGUGACCAAUAAAAUUUGAUUUGAUUUGAUGUAUGACAAAGAAAUCCUCUUGUAUGUCACAACAGGCGACCUGAUGGAGAUCAUUCGCAAUGAGGGAAGGAGAAUGACUGCCGCCCAACCGUCCGAGACCACCGUGGGCAACAUGGUACGGCGCGUGCUCAAGAUCAUCAGGGAGGAGUAUGCCAGGUGAGGAGAGAUGGGGAUUCUGGGGAAUAUUCCUUCAAAGAGAACUGGCUGACGGUUUGUAAUAAACAUUGUGUUAAUCUGGUGUCAACUCUGAUUCUGAUACAGUUGUUAUGGCUGUCCAUAUCACGGGCUAGUCUGGGUACCAAUCUGUUUAGCUGUCGUUCCACUCCUUACCACUCCUGUCUUGCUAAACAUCUUUGGCAUAUGCCAUGGAGUACAGGGAGUGGAACAUUUAGCUAAACAGAAUGGUACCAGGUUAAUCAUGGGCUAGUGUAAAGAUGCCAUUUGGCAAAUGAUUUAAUAGAUGGAAAUGUUGAAGAUCUCCUCUCUGUUGCAACUCUACUCCACGUUAAAGCUACCGUCUGUAAGAUGUCUUGUUGUUCUAUGGUCAUUUCAGUGAAAUAUACACCAGCUUGUCACUCUAUUCUCCUGUGAACUGUGUUUUGUUUCUUCAGGUCCCGUGGCAGCAGUGAGGAGACAGAGCAGCAGGAGUCCCUUCACAAGUUGCUGACCUCAGGGGGGCUGAGCGAGGAGAACUUCAGACAGCACUUUGCUCCUCUCAAAGCCAACGUCAUAGAGGCCAUCAAUGAACUCCUCACAGAGUUAGGUAAGAUACUCACUGAGAGCACACACGUUAACACCAACCGUUAUCACAUACUUUCCUGCAGCUUUUUAAGCUGAUCAUGUCUCUUAACUGAAGCAUAAGGAACAUAAAAUAUCUUACUGUAUCUUUGCUUUCUAUCUUCUGGAGGCUGUAGUUGGCAUUAGCUGAAGUGAAAAUGAUUUGAACAAAGUCCCCUUUCAACCUCCUGUUCUCUAGUGUUUUUAAUCUGUACACUGGUUAUUCCUAAAGAUCCUAUGAGAAUAUGAACCUUGGUCAAGCAGCACUGAGCUAACUGUUAUAUUCUCCUCCUUGUCGCCGUCCUCUCUCCCAGAGGGCACCACAGACAACAUCGCCAUGCAGGCCCUGGAGCACAUCCACUCCAACGAGGUCAUCAUGACUGUCGGCCGCUCGCGCACCGUCGAGGCCUUCCUCAAAGACGCAGCGAGGAAACGCAAGUUCCACGUCAUCGUGGCCGAGUGUGCUCCCUUCUGCCAGGUAUCCACCGUCCGCUCCGAUCAUCCCUCCCUCCCUCUAUAGCACUAGUGUAUAUGUAAUGAGAUAAAGGAGGCGUCUAUUUCAUUCAUAUACUCUCUCCAUAAUAUUACUUCAUUAUUUAAUAUGCUACAGUAAUGACCUUUUGUCUCUCUCCCAAGGGUCAUGAAAUGGCUACUGGUCUCUCCAAAGCAGGCAUCGAGACCACUGUAAUAGCAGAUGCUGCCAUAUUUGCAGUGAUGUCCCGAGUUAAUAAGGUGAGUUUUACUAUUAUUAUUAUUAUUUAUUUUUACUGUGAUGUUGCUUAUUUUAGAAUAGGCUCUUUUCUAAACUAUUGAUAGCUUGACUACAUUUAAUGGACCGGAUGUGGUGAUGUCCAAUGUUUUCCAGGUCAUCAUCGGUACACAGACAGUUCUGGCCAAUGGCGGUCUCCGGGCGGUCAAUGGAACCCACACCGUAGCUCUGGCAGCCAAGCACCACUCUACUCCCCUCAUCGUAUGCGCUCCCAUGUUCAAGCUCUCCCCUCAGGUAUUCACAACAAUAUUCGGUAUGAACAAGAAGACUUUCUGGGUAGAGAUCGAUGUCAGUUCAGUGAGCCCUUUCUUCACUAAAAAGCGUCUUUCUUAUUGAAUGACUGAAAUAGUUGUUUUCUUGUUCUCAGUUCCCCAAUGAAGAGGACACGUUCCAUAUGUUUGUCUCCCCACACGAGGUGCUUCCAUUCACAGAAGGUAGUACUUUAUUGACGUAACAUAUUUAAUGUUUUGUAUUAAAUAGUGAUAUAUUGUAAGAGACUCACACCAUAAAGUAAUCAACGCUUCUCUGUGUAAAAGCUACAAAAUGACUGCUUAUUUGUAAGUAAGCAUUUCACUGUAAGGUCUACACCUGUUGGCACAUGUGGCAAAUACAAUUUGAUUUGAUUGUUUAUUCUCAUCUGACUCAAUCUGUUUGUUUUGUCUCUGUAGGAGAGAUUCUAUCCGAGGUGAACGUGCACUGCCCCGUGUUCGACUAUGUUCCUCCUGAACUCAUCACUCUGUUUAUCUCUAACAUCGGAGGCAACGCUCCCUCUUACAUCUACCGGCUGAUGAGUGAACUCUACCAUCCUGAGGACCACAAACUGUAA